AUGGUGAAAUCCUCGAGAAGGCAAGUGGCCAAGACGUCCGUUCAAGCUGAAAAACCAGAGGAGCAACUGGAGCUCGAAAACACCAGCUCGUCAGAGAGCGAGUUGGAAGGAUUAUCGGAGGACGAAGAAGCGAGUUCAAGUGAAGAGGACGGCGAUUUGGCGCCAGAAGAGAGCUCUAAACGUAGUGGAGACCACUCGGUGAAGAAGCUGGAUGCAACGAAGCGCACGGACUCGAAAAAGAACCAGAAAAACGGACAGAAAAGCGACAAUUUGUCGGGAAUCAUUUACGUGAGCAGACUGCCAAAGGGGUUCCACGAGCGGGAACUGGCCAGGUACUUUGCGCAAUUCGGAGACUUGAGGGAGGUGCGGCUGGCACGCAACAAGAAGACCGGCAACAGCAGACACUACGGGUUCGUGGAGUUCGUCAACAAGGAAGACGCAGCUGUGGCCCAGGACACCAUGCACAAUUACCUGCUGAUGGGCCAUCUGCUGCAGGUAGUGGCUCUACCCAAGGGCAAGAAGAUCGAAAAGCUGUACCGGUACAAGCAGCGGGCGUUCCAGCAGACGCCUGUGAAGAAAACGAGCGCUGAACUCAAGCAGCUUGCCAUGGACAAACACGCCGAGAGAGAGCAGAAACUCAAGUCCAAGGGUAUCCAGUUCCAGUGGUGA